GCGCCCUUGGACUUCAGGAUACAAGAGUGUCGAUCUCACUAUGCUGAAGAGAAAGGACAUGACAGUUUGAGACCCUUUGUGCAGAAAUUCUGUGAGAAGGUGUUCAGAAGAAGGAGAGAGGGGCACUUCCACAGGCUGGGCGGUUUGCCGUUGCCUUCCCCUGUCAUCUACACUUUACCCCAGGAAACUGGGUACUCAUUUUACCGACCUCGGAAGGAUGGAAGGCUGAGUCAACCUUGAGCCGGCUACCUGAACCUGGCUUGCGCCAGGAUCGAACUCAGGCCAUGAGCAGAGCUUGGACUGCAGUACUGCAGUUUCCACUCUGCGCCACGGGGCUCUGCAUAUCAUCACCAAUAUGGCUAUAUCAGGUGCCCUUCAACCAAACCAUGGAACCAAGCUACAGAAAGGUAAACUGAAGGCAUCUCUUGAGUCCUUGGAAGAUGGCAUGAAAUGGGCCACAAGUAAUCAGUCUCACCAGCAGGAGGCAAUAGAAGAACUGGAGAGCUUAAGUCAACAUCUGUAUGGCCACAUCUUCAUCGAGUUUGAGAGUCUUCGUCAAAUCCUAGAUGCGAAAGAGCAAAGUAUGAUGGACACGGUGAAACAGAUGAAGGCAGAUAACCAGGCUGAAAUGGAAAGAAGGCUGGCGUAUUUAAAAGCGUACGAGUCCUCUCAUGCUGAGACCACCUCCAGGGUCCGAGCUGCACUUGAAGAAACCAAUGAAUUUGCUUUGCUGAAGGGAAUCAAGGAAUUGAUGAGACGAAUCCAGGAUCAUCUAGGUGAAGAAAAUGGAAAAGCAGAACAUGAAGUGUGUGCUCAUGACCAGAGGGCCAAGGAAACUGAGGAGAAAGAUACUGAAGAUGAGAAGGUUGAUGUAAAUAUGCCUGAAGGAAAGGGGAAUGAAAAUAAAAAUGAUGAAGGGGAAACCUAUGGAGAAGCUGAGGAUGCUGAAGAAGCUCAGGAUGCUGAGGACAUUGUACCUGUAGAUCCGGCUCUUGAGGAGCUGGAAGAGUGGCUAGAUUUUGAAACCUGGAAAGAAAUGUUGGAAAGCAUCAGUAUUUGGGAAACCCCCAAUCCAGAUUCGUUCUCCUGGUUCCCAUCACCAGAGGAAGACAUGUUCCAACUUGGGGACAGUCGUGCUUCUGAGGCACUUGAGGAGGAAGCAACUUCUGAGGCAGUUGAGGAAGAAGAUUUAAUCUGCGCCGUAGAUGUCACCUCAGCACCAGACGAAGUUGCCUCCGAUAAACCUUUGCCAAGCAGCAGCUCUGAUGCAGCUCUGCCCAUGGGAAGAGCCCUCCACAGUCCACCACCCAGCCACUGCACACCUAACUAUUUCCCGGUGCCUGUCUUCCAACAAAUACCACUUUACAAUGUAGUGCAAAGAUGGGGGGCCCCAUGUAGAUGGAGGCCUAGCCCCAGAAGGGGCUGGGCCAUGCUGCGAGGCAGAGGAGCCACAGUUAGGCACUUCCUUUCAUCCAGAGGGGGGCAUGGCAGAGGUUUUCAAAGUACAUUCAAACCUAGAGAGGCUGGUGCCUCUGGGCAAGGGAGAGGUUGGUUGAAUACGCAGAAACGUCAGUCCAGUGGGAGCAGCAACUCAGGUCAAAGUAGUGGAGGAAAGACACAUCCGCCCAAGCCUAGGGGGACUCAUGUUUCAGGGCGAGGAGGUUCAGGGCAAGGCCGAGGGUCUGCAUCAUCCCCAGGGCGAGGAGGUUCAGGGCAAGGCCAAGGGUCUGCAGUGGGUCGAGGAGGUUUGGGGCAAGGUCGAGGGUCUGCAGUGGGUCAAGGAGGUUCGGGGCAAGGCCGAGGGUCUGCAGUGGGUCGAGGAGGUUCAGGGCAAGGUCGAGCGUCUGCUCAGAAAGGACCAACCCACCACAGUGGAGGACGGGCGUCCUCAAGCAAAGGAUCAUGGAACAGGCAAGCAUCUCACCAGGGAGGCUGUGGCCGUGGCUCUGGUUCUGCGAAAGGGUCUCGGGGCAAAUAGUCGCUUCCCCCCUCAUUUCCCUGAGAAGAGGCUGCAUCUGAAUGAGAGAAGGGCUGGGGAUGACAUAUUGAGAUACCUGAUUUCCACCUCUCAUUUGUAUCAACUGUUUUGGUCAUCUGUCAGAUCCACCAGUGGGAAGACUGCAGCGUUUAGCUAAUGACAUUGAUGGAUUUGGGAUUACACCCCCCCCCCCAGCUGUCAGUUAAUCUGGCAGUAGAUUUUUUAAAAAUGUAUUUUAGUACAACUAAAAAUGCCAGCAGCUGGUGCCAUCUUAAGGUAAAUGCCUUUUCCUUCUCUUAUAUAGGAUCGCCUCUUCUAAGAUAUUGCCUGUGGAGACAUGUCUGCAUCAUCAAAAAGCAAAAGUCAAUGCUUUUUGAAUCAUCUUCCUGAUGAUUGCUUUUAUUGCCAGAUACAUUUAUGCAGAUUUACAGUGCAAUUCUGAGGGCUGCUGAGCAAGAGGUGGCCACCCACCAGGGCAAUCUCUGCACCCCUGGUCCAUUCCUUACAGACCUUCCGCAGGGGAAAUAAUAACGUGCUCCUCCUUAAGGCACAGGUGGCAGAGCAAGCAUGCCAGAGUCUACAGCAAACCAGGCAACACCCCACCAGUCAGGCAACAGCAGCUGAUACCCCUGAGAGUGGCUGGGAGGAGGAGGUCCUCAGGCCAUGUGCCUCUUAUGGGGUUUCUGCUGGUUUGGGGAGGGGAGUGUUCCCUGGCUGUGGUAGUUCAGGGAACUGACUAACUCCUGCCAUGCACCUUUCCCCACCUGCACAGUGGUUUGCACUGGCAUUGCUCUGCAAUGUUGUCGCACCAUGCCAAACUGGGGCGCAGCAAAACCUGGACCCUCUGCUGGUGCAUCUCAGAGAUAUGCUGGCACUGUGCCAGCAGACACUGUACCAGCAGACAUGUCCCUUUUGAGCACUUUUGCCCCUUUCCCCCGAGAUUGUGCUGAUAAUUGAUCAGUUGAUUGACUAACAGGGGCAGUGCAAUCCUAAGCAAAGCAACACCCCGCUCAGCUCAUUGUCUUUAAGGAACUUCGAGAGAUGUUAACUCUGCUUAAACAGAUGUAAAGAGUAAUAAUGACCAACAUCAGGGCUGUGCAAAACUCCCAGAUAACAUCAUCUUCCUGGCGCAAUUUCGCACGAGAAGACGGUGUCUUCCGCGCGACGUUCCGCAGGCAGGUAAGACGUGUGGAAAUGGCCCAGCACUGGACUUCCAUUUUGUGUGUGUGUAAAAAGCAGGCUAUGUGUAUGCUGCAGUUCCACACAACAGCAGAAAAAGCACAGAAUGCAAUGCUUUCUUACGUUGUUUUAAGUUUUAAAGAGUUUAUAGCAUUUCAGAUUCUCAGAUCAUGUUUGAACACAUGCAGCUGCCUUAGAUUGACUCGGACCCUUGGUCUAUCGAGGUCAGGCUUGUCUACUCUCCCUGGCAGCAUUUCAGCUCAAAGUCACCUUCUCUCUGAUCCUUGUUACUGGAGACAUCAGUCUGAACCUGGGGCCUUGCGUAUCCAACACAGAUGUUUUCCCAUUGUGCCAUGCCCCCCCCAAAUGCAGGCAAUUACAAGUUUGGCUUGGAAAUUCAUCCAUGCAUGGGGAGGGUAUGGCUUAAUACCAAAAAGAUAAGUGCUGCUGGUGAGUGAGAGGUCUGACCUGGGAUUUAAGGCAUCACCUGUUCUGGAUGGGGUUGCAUUCCUCUUGAAGGAACAGGAUAAGUAAGUGGCAGCUUUGACUGGUUACUCAACUAGGGCCUUUCCUGGGCAGAAAAGAUCUGGCCACUGUGGCGCCUGCCUUGGUUACAUCUAGAUUAGAAUACUGCCAAGUACUGUACGUGGGGUACCCUUGAGAAGUGUUUGGAAACCUCGGUUGGUACAGGAUGCUGCAGCCAGGAUGCUGAGUGGAGCGGCUUGCCAGGGAACCGAUCACUCACGUGAUACAUCUACCCUUCUUCCCAGUUUGUUUCUGGGCACAAUUCAAGGUGCUUGUGUUGACCUUUAAAGCUCUAUAUGAUUUGGGACCAACAUAACUGAAAAAUUGCCUUUUCCUGUAUGAACCUAGCCACCCACUACCAUUAUUAUCAGAGACCUUGCUUUGCAUGCCCCCACCUUCUGAGUUUAGGACAGGCGUAUGUGGGGCUGGGAAGAUAAAAACGAGGAGACAUGUCCCUUUUGAGUGUAAACUUUACCAAAAUAUCAGAGCUGCCUAUAUAACUCCGAUUUGCAAUCAGUUCCCAGGAAGAAAUGGUAAGAUUUUAUUUAGAUAAGCUUUUGGCCAAUAGAGACCAAUAAACCACCUUAAAGGUGGCAAAAUUUGCUGUGCAGGCCAUACGGCUCUGGAAGUAUUUUGUAGGGGAAAAUAUUUAAAUAUUUUAUUAAUUUUAAAGUUUUAAAUAUUUAAGAAUUUGGAUCCUGGAAAUUCAAUGUUUUUAGAUGGAUCUGUUAACAAUAUGGUUUACCUUGACUGUAUGUUUUAAUUAGAUUGUAUGCUGUUAUUUGUCUGGUCUUUGACCAUAUUAAACUUUGAUUGAUUGAGAUUAGGACAGGGGGCAACCUGGGAGGGCCAUCUUGGAAAUGGCAUCAAAACUGGAAACUUCUCCAUAGGGAGAUUCAUUUAUCCCCUUCUUUUGCCAUCUUCCACCAGCAGGUGAGGAGUUUUUGGUUUCAUUUGCCCUUCACUCAGCGACCCCUCUUUCUUGCCCCGUGUUUUUGUUAUUUUUAUGUUUUGUAUAUUAUUUUGGCUCUAGUUUUAAUGAUUUUGGCUGAUUUUAAUAUUUUUAAUUUUAUUAUGUUUUGUUAACCAUCUUAGGGCCAAACUACAAGUGACAAAUGGCACAGGUUGGACACUUGUCAGCUUCCCUCAAGUUUUGAUGGGAAAUGUAGGCAGCUUGGUGGAAUGUUGGACAAGUGACAGUUGAAAAGUCCAUUGGACAGCAGUCAGCCAAGCUGCAAGACCAGGACGCCUACAUUUCCCAUCAAAACUUGAGGGAAGCUGACAAGCGUCCAACCUGUGUCAGGCAUCACUUGUGGCUUGGCCCUUAGUGGCCCUUGUGAAGGCAGAAAGGUGGCCUAUAAAUAUGUAAAAUAAAGUAAGUAAUACUAGUGGGCACAGUCAACAGAUGUGAGAGCCAAUAGGUUUUAUGGUAUCAGUAUGUAAUUUGGUGUUGAUGUGGAGUAAAUGUUACCCUUCAGCUGUUUUUACAAACUUUAAAAACAGAGACUCCCCAGUUCCACCAAUAAGCACCCAUGGAAUGAGCAAGUCAGAGGUGUGAAACUUGGCUGGCCUAUUAAUUGAAUCUGUGGUAUAUUUAAGAAUUGAAUGUAUUUAAGGCCUUCCUUUGGAUUCAUUUUCUCGCACUCAGGUUGACUCAUGGCGAACACUGCGCAGUGUGCUCCUUUGGUCUUUUUUUAUUUUUAGCCUGGGUGACUACCAGAAUUGAUGGGUAAAUCUGAUCAUGAAGACCUGUUAAUAACAAGCACGCUGCCAAACGUAUUUUGAUUACAGGAAUACUUUUGAUUAUUGUAGAAAUGCUUCCAAAGAUUUCCUACAGCUUUGGAACUAGCUUAUAGGACACUUGCUAGAAAAGUCUGGCUACCUGUUCAUCAGCAAUUUGUUGCAUUUUUCUGGUAACUAAUAAGCUUUGGUCUAAUGUUGGGAUUUCCUUUCCUUAAAAUGACAUAUUGCUGUAUUUUAUUUUAUGUUUGAAUGUAUUCUAAAUUUUUUGCCUGAAUAAAUUUGUAGUUUUCAAAAUA